AUGAACUACGACGGUGCGGACGGGUUGGAGUUCGGAAAUGGGAACACCAGGCUCGACCCAUCAGUGCUUGCAGAGCUCCCCCUGGGUUGCAAGAUCCUCUCGACCGCAGCCCAUGGCGUGAGCUUCUGGGCGAGACCGGCCCGUAUCAAUGUCGAACUAGCCGACGGAACACCUCGGUCAUACUUCAUCAAGGUCCUCUCGAGGGAGACCGGCAGGGAGAUGGUGCGCUCCGAGUUCGAAUCCAUGAGGGCCAUCUACAACGUCGCCCCCGACUUCGUUCCCCGGCCAAUUGCCUGGGGAACCUACCAGUCCAUCCCCGAAACUCACUUCUUCCUGAGCGAAUUCCGAGACUUUGUUGACGAAAUGCCGGACCCGGAGGACUUUGCCCGCCGGCUUGCCAGACUCCACCAGCAUAGCAAGUCACCCAACGGCAAGUUCGGAUUCCACAUUACCACCUUCGCCGGGAACCUGCCCCAGACGGUUGAAUGGGAGAGUAGCUGGGAGACAUUCUUUGCGAAGAGCCUUCGGCAUGCGCUCGAGCUAGAGAUCAAGGCUAAGGGCCCAGAUCCGGAUCUUGACGCUCUGCUCCCUAUCCUCUUUGACAGAGUCAUCCCUCGCCUCCUUCGCCCGCUUGAGACCGACGGGCGGUCGGUCAAGCCUUCGCUUGUGCACGGCGACUUGUGGUACGCUAACUCGGGACUGGACUUGGAAACGGGCGACAGCAUCGUCUUCGAUGCGUGCUGCUUCUAUGCUCACAACGAGUAUGAGUUUGGUCAAUGGAGACCAGCAUGCAACAGGUUCGACGAGAGUUACUUGACCGCUUACCACAAGCUCGUUCCCAAGUCAGACCCUGUAGAAGACUAUGACGGCCGACUUGACCUGUACAAACUGAGAUUCAACACCCACGUCUCUGCGCUCUUCGUUGACAACAUGGUCCUGCGAGAACAGUACGGUUGA